AUGCCCUCAGCAGAGGAGGCAGUGGCCUUGAAGGAGAAGGGCAACCAAGCAUUCAAGGAGCAUGACUGGGCGCGGGCCGUGGACUUCUACACCCAAGCCAUAGCCGCGAACGGCUCAGAACCCUCUUUCUACACAAACCGGGCACAGGCAUACAUCAAGCAAGAAUCCUACGGGCUUGCCAUCGCCGAUGCCACCAAGGCGCUCGAGAUAGACUCGAACAAUGUCAAGGCCUACUACCGCCGCGCCGUCGCCAACACCGCCAUCCUGCACCACAGCGACGCCCUACGCGACUGGAAAAUCGUGAUCAAGAAGAACCCCUCCGACAAGGUCGCCAAGCUCCAAUUCUCCGAAUGCGACAAGGUAGUGAAGCGCGAUGCGUUCCUCAAAGCCAUCGAAGUCAGCGACGCGCCCUCGGCGGCCGAGGGGCUGGACAUCGAGCACAUGUCCGUAGAGGCAGACUACGAUGGCGUGCGGCUAGGAACGGAGAUGACGGCCGGGUUUGUUGAAAACAUGAUACAGAGGUUCAAGGACGGCAAGAAGCUGCCCAAGAAAUACGUCUUCCAGAUCAUCCUAGCCGUAAAAGCGAUAGUGCACGCGGAGCCGACGAUGGUCGAGAUGGAGGUUGGGGAGGGCCAGACGCUGACGGUGUGCGGAGAUACGCACGGGCAGUUCUUCGACCUGCUGGAGAUCUUCAGGCUCAAUGGAUUCCCGAGCCCGACGCACUCGUACCUCUUCAACGGCGAUUUUGUGGAUCGAGGCAGCUGGAGCACGGAGAUCGCGCUGCUGCUCUACGCGUACAAGUGGCUGUACCCGGACCGCUUCUUCCUGAACCGAGGCAACCACGAGACGGACGAUAUGAACAGGAUGUACGGCUUCGAGGGCGAGUGUCGCGCGAAAUACAACGAGCGCACCUUCAAGCUGUUCUCGGAGUCCUUCUCCGCGCUGCCUCUGGCCACCCUUAUCGGAAAGAAAUAUUUCGUCUUGCACGGUGGCCUCUUCAGCGACGACGAUAUCAGUCUAGACGACAUCAGGAAGUUCAAUAGGCAUAAGCAGCGCCAACCCGGCCAGAGCGGCCUCAUGAUGGAGAUGCUGUGGACGGAUCCGCAGACGAAUCCUGGGCGAGGCCCGAGUAAGAGGGGCGUGGGGUUGCAGUUUGGCCCGGAUGUUACGAAGCGGUUCUGUGAGAAGAACGGGCUUGAGGCUGUUAUCAGGAGUCACGAGGUCCGCAUGGAGGGUUAUGAGGUCGAGCACGAUGGGCGAUGUAUCACUGUCUUCUCAGCGCCCAAGUACUGCGACAGCACAGAGAACAAGGGCGCCUACAUCAACAUUGGCCCUGAACUCAAGCUCGACUUCCAUAAGUUCGAUGCCGUUCCACAUCCACCAAUCAAACCCAUGGCCUAUGCGUCCAAUGGGCUCAUGUCCAUGAUGUAA